AUGAAUCAGCAGCAGCAGAGAAUGGCUGCAGUUGGGACAGACAAAGAGCUCAGUGACCUGCUGGACUUCAGUAUGAUGUUUCCCCUGCCAGUGGCUAAUGGAAAAAACAGACCCACGACCCUAGCGAGCACUCAGUUUGGAGGAUCAGGUUUGGAUGAAAGACCAGGAUCAGGUUCCUGGGGAACGGGAGAUCAAAACAGCUCCACAUUUGACCAAGGAAGGCAGAGCUACGGCGAAGGCCCCCACUACGGCGAGCACAGGGACCUGCCGUCUCACAACAGCAUAUCUUCAUCACCAUUCCUGGGAGCUGGACUAGUGGGGAAGAGCAGUGAAAGAGCCUCGUACUCCACGUUCGGAAGAGAGACAGGGAUGCCAGGACUAAGCCAGACUGGUUUCCUGCCCAGCGAAAUGGGAAUCGCGAGUCCGAGCACACUUUCCCCUACCGGGGUGAAAGGGGGGUCUCAGUAUUUUUCUUACCCCAACAAUCCUCGCAGGAGAGGUGCUGAGAGCAACAUAGAUGGACAGCCCAAAAAGGUUCGGAAGGUGCCUCCUGGACUCCCCUCCUCGGUGUAUCCAUCCAACUCAGGUGACGACUACAGCAGGGAUCCAGCUGGAUAUACUCCCUCAAAACCUCCCAGCACUGUGUAUCCCGGAGCCUUUUAUAUGGCAGACGGUCUCCAUAACUCGCCAGACCUGUGGAGUUCACCGGGUGCCAUGAGCCAGUCGAGUUACGGUGCCAUGCUGGGCAGCUCCUCCUCCCCGCUCCCGCAGUCCAGCGGCUUCAACAGUUUACAUCAGCACGAACGCAUGAACUACCAGCUUCAUUCAGGAGAGGUUAACGGCGGACUCCCCUCUGUGUCUGGCUUUUCCUCUGCCUCCACGCCAUAUGGUGUCUCCAGUCAUACGCCCCCAAUCAGCGGGACGGACAGCAUGAUGGGUAACAGAGGAACCACAGCUGGGAGCUCAGGAGACGCGCUCGGGAAGGCACUAGCUUCAAUUUAUUCCCCCGAUCACUCUAGCAAUAACUUCUCGUCAAACCCCUCUACACCGGUCGGCUCCCCUCAGGGGCUUGCAGGCACAUCCCAGUGGUCGCGAGCGAGCGGACAGGGUGCCUUAUCUCCCAGCUACGAAGGGAGCCUCCACACUUUACAAAACAAAAUGGAAGACAGGUUGGAUGAAGCCAUCCACGUGUUGAGGAAUCAUGCCGUGGGCCAGACAGCCGCCAUGCCGAGCAACCACGGGGACAUGCACGGGCUCCUGGGCUCGGCACCGGCCCACAGUGCCACCGUGGGCAGCCUGGGCCAGGCCUUCCCUGCCUCGGUCAUGUCCCUGGGGAACAGGCACCCGAGUCUGGUGGGAGGAGGUCACCCUGAAGAUGGGUUGUCCAGCAACCCCAGCAUGCUCCACAACCAUGUCACACUUCCGUCACAGCCCAGCUCACUCCCUGACCUCAACAGGCAGCAAGACACGUACAGCGGCUUGUCAGGGGGGCUGGGACGAAGCAGCGUCUCCUCAGGAACCAGCGAAAUAAAGAGGGAAGAGAAGGAGGACGAGGAGAACACGUCGGUGGCAGAUAACUCGGAAGAGGAGAAGAAGGAGCUGAAACCCUCCCGGAACAGAACAAGUCAAGAUGAGGAUGAGGAGGACGAUCUUCUUCCCCCAGAGCAAAAAGCCGAGAGAGAGAGAGAAAGGAGGGUCGCCAAUAAUGCCCGUGAGCGCCUGCGGGUCCGUGACAUCAACGAGGCCUUUAAAGAGCUCGGACGCAUGUGCCAACUCCACCUAAACAGCGAAAAACCGCAGACCAAACUGCUAAUCCUACACCAGGCCGUAUCAGUCAUACUGAACCUGGAGCAACAAGUUAGAGAGCGCAAUCUGAACCCUAAAGCAGCCUGCUUGAAGCGUCGGGAAGAGGAGAAAGUGUCCGGAGUAGUAGGAGAUCCCCAGAUGACACUUUCAGCUUCACAUCCUGGUCUAGGAGACGGUCACAAUCCUGUUGGACACAUGUAAAGAUCUUUUUGUUCCUCUGGAUAGAGAGAUCUGUAGGAAGAAAACCCUCGGUGUGACCUGCAACCUUCUCGAACCAUAAACUUUAGUACUGCUAAUACUGACACACGUGGACGGAUCCUGGCAUGACGUAAGGGGUGGAAAAAACACUUUGUCAAAAACAAAACGAAAACAAAAAAAUUGCCUUAAGUAUAAAGUGCGGAACAGUCAAUACAUAUCACUCAGUUAGAAGGGGGUGGCGUGUUCUCUUGGCUUGUUCACAAGCAGCCAGCAGCAAAAUUGUGCCUAAGCUUGAUAUUUCUUUUUUAAAAAAAAAGAACAUUAGUUAUGAGAUUUUUUAUGUAGAACAAAUAGCAAUGCCUUUUGGUUUUUUUUAGCUUCUUUUGCAUAUGUUUUGUAAGCAACGAAAAGAAUUUUUUUUUGUAUAAAAAAAUGUCUUGUACCC